AUGAUUGUCCCCGUCAUGCCGACAGCACUCGUAACCCGAGCCGGAGUCGAGUAUACCCAUCGCGAAUACUGGGUCAGCGUACUACUCAUGUGCGAAGCCGGGACAUCCCUAAUUCUCUGUCCAUUAUUCGGAUACCUAGUGGACCGCGGGCGCACACGACGACUGCCAUUCAUAUGUGCGCUGAUCCUAUUAGUUGGAUGCAUGCUGAUCCUGCAACUGGCACGUUCCGUGGCCGUGUUUGUGGUAGCACGUCUAGUCCAAGGAAUCACAGGUGCGUUAGUAGUAGUAGCUUCUUUCGCUCUGAUCGGCGAUGCCGUGCCGCAGUAUCGUCUUGGUCAGACGAUUGGGUAUCUAGGCUCUGCCAUUGCGUCUGGUUUCUUGCUGGGUCCGUUCCUUGGGGGGAUUGUUUAUAAUGCUGGUGGGUAUGAUUCUGUGUUUUGGUUUGCGUAUCCCAUUAUUACCAUUGAUAUGGUUAUGCGGUUGGCUUUGGUUGAGAAGAAGGUGGCUGCUGAGUGGACUGGGCCGAAUGGGGACCUCGAGUCUGAUUUGGAUGCUGAACAGCGCAAUCACGCUGCAGUACCGUGUGAGCCAGUGGCUGUUCCCAGGAAGAAAGGAUGGGUUCUUUUGAAGAUGCUCAAGCAGCGCCGAGUCUUGAUUUCUUCGGGGGUGUUGCUUGUUCAGGGACUGUUGCUCUCUGCCCUUGAUGCGACACUUCCCAUCUUCGUGGAGGCGACAUUUGGCUGGAAUUCUCUUGGCAUGGGUCUGAUCUUCCUCCCAAUGGCAGUUCCGGCCUUCUUCGAGCCCUUGUUUGGAUUCAUCACCGACCGAUUAGGUGCGCGCUUUGUAUCUUUCUGCUGCUUCGUAGCGCUCUCGCCCACCCUCAUCUGUCUCCGAUUUGUUGAGAAGAACUCCACUGGGCAGGUUGCGCUGCUCGUGGUGUUGCUGUUCCUCACGGGUAUCUUCACCCACGCCUGCGCACCAGCCAUGUACGUCGAGACCCAGCUAGCUCUCACGGCCAUGGAGGCCAAUAAUCCUGGCGUACUGGGCCCCAAAGGUGCAGUGGCGCAGGGAUUCGGACUGCAGACGAGUGAUUGGGCUCUGUUCAUGACCAUGUCUCUUCAACUUCUACGACACGCUCCAAAGCUAGCGACCACCAGCUCGCGACUAUCACUUCAACAUUCCAGAGCCUCAUUCUCCAACUUCACUCACUUCAAACAUACUACCACCACAAUGCCCCCAGCCAACAAAACCUGGCACAUCCAACAACGAGCUAAAACCCAAGCAACAACCCAACGAUACACCUGCCCAGCAGAAACAACCCCCCACCUAGCAACCCUCCUAAGCUUCCCAUCCCGCCGUUCCCUCCUCCCAGAACUACAUGAGAAAACAAGCACCGAAAUAAUAAACCUAGCAAAAACAAUUGCAACCUUCGAACCAGUCCGCCUACAUGUCCGCCCAGAAGACCUACUCCACGCCCAAUCCCUCUUAGAUGCGCACCAGAACCCCAAACCCGCAUAUCCAAUAACCCUAAUCCCGGCCCCAACAAACCACGUCUGGAUCCGCGACACAGGCCCGGUUUACGUGCGCGGCACACAUGACAACACCCGCUACGCAAUCGACUUUCAAUUCUGCGAAUGGGGCCACAAAACCGGCGAAAGAAUCUACGGCAGUAGCGCCUCGCCCGCAGCAGCACUAGCGCUGGAAAGCACGCCGGCGUACGCUGACUGGCCUGUUAUGGACGAAGCAGCCAUGGCCGAGAAUACGAAUUUCGCGCGGGCAGUGCUAGAUCUGGAAAACGAGGCUGUGGCUGCGCAAUUGCCAGAUGCGAGUCCUGAGCCUGUUACCCGUGUCUCGACACAUAUCCGGCUUGAAGGUGGGGGUAUUGAGAUUGAUGGGGAGGGGACGUUUAUGGCGACGGAGAGUAGCAUCGUUGGUCCCGCGCGGAAUCCGGGUUUAUCGCGGUCUGAGAUCGAGGAGGAAUUGAGUCGGUUGCUUAGUGUUACUAAGUUUAUUUGGUUCCCUGGGCGUGUUGGGUUGGAUGUUACGGAUGUGCAUAUUGAUGCCGAGGCGAGGUUUGUUCGGCCUGGGGUUGUUGUUGUUUGUCGGCCGCACGAGAGUGCGGAGAAGGUGCAUUGGGAGGUCUACGAGGAGAUUCGGGAGGUUUUGAGGGAUUGUGUUGAUGCGCGUGGGCGCAAGGUUGAGGUCCAUGAUGUUGUUGAGCCGGAUCCCAGGUUUGUGAAGGGGGAUUUGCCUGGUGAGGAGGCUGCGCCGGCGGCUUCUUAUGUCAAUUUUUAUUUUGCGAAUGGGGGGUUGGUUAUGCCUGCUUUUGGAGAUGCGGUUGCUGAUGAGAGGGCUUUUGAGUUGAUGAAGAGUCUUGUUCCUGAGAGGGUUGUUAAGCAGGUUGCUGUUAAUGCGUUGCCGAGGACCGGGGGUGUAUUGCAUUGUGUUACGCAGCAAGUGCUGUAA